AAAUCGGUAUGAUUUCAAUUAAAUGCAUUUAGCGUCCGAUAGGUGACAGCACUAGUAAAGCUUUAGAGCUUCGUAACAAAGAUUUUCAGCUUGGCCGGUCAUCUCGACACUUCCGGGUUGUAGAAAAUCAGGGAGGAAAGUCUCGCCGUUCAUCUGGACGAAAGACCUGACAAACACAAAGUCAACUUUUUUUUUUAUUUACACCUCUGAAACUCGAGAAUGGACGAGUACCAUCACGGGGAUGAGGUUCCCUUCAAUGCUGAUGAAGCCCAUCAUAUUGUCAAAGAGAGUAUUGACAGUGUCCUGCAUGGAGUAGAUUAUAAUAACAACAAGGUUAACCAAUGGACUGCAAGCAUUGUAGAGCACUCGCUAACUCAGCUGGUCAAACAAGGAAAACCAUUCAAGUACAUAGUAAACUGUGCAGUAAUGCAGAAGAGUGGAUCUGGGCUACACACAGCAAACUCAUGCUUCUGGGACACCUCUACUGACGGAAGCUGUACAGUGAGAUGGGAGAACCGGACUAUGUAUUGCAUUGUUAGUGUUUUUGCAGUUGCUCUUGCAGUGUAGGUGCAUAAAACAAUGGGCUUUUAAAACUACACCAAAGCCAUGGAGAUUAUCCAUUCUAAAUAUCCGUUUGUAUUGAAAUGCACAUGCGCACAUACAAACUGUAUUUUAAAUGCUGUUAACUAAUGCCACAUAACGAACAAUGGACUGGAGGUUGUUUAUUGUAAGUAAUUUUAAUAAGGAAUGUUCAGUGGAGUAGCUUCUUUUUUAGCAUAGUGUUAUGGGAAAAAUGUUACACAGAAACAAGAGUUGCAAACCAAAUGAGACCUUUUUUCCAUUUUUAAUUUGCUGUCAUUGCUGGAAUGUCCUUUUAAUGUACAUGUGCAUGAUAUGUGUGGAUGAUCUUUUCUGCUUGCUGUGUCAAUGCAGUAUCUUCUUACUGUUAAGAGCCAUGGGUGCACGUUGCAAGGUGUAGAUGUUCUUACCAGAGAUGGCCAGUUUAGUAUUUCCUAACAUCUCUGGUAAGCAGGAAAGGUGCACAUUCUUUGAGAAUUUGCUGCUUAAGUACUUGGUAGUAAAACUAAUAUGCUUUCAGGAAAUAUAUAAAAGUACUUUAAUCAUGUGCCAGAUAAAUCAGUAAUAAAUCAUAUAGAUUCAUAAAUAUUGCUGUGUACUAGUUAAGUAAUUUAUUAAUGACCUGCACAUGGUUAGGCCUAAUGUGUAAAAUGCUACCGAUCACUACACCUGGGAAAUUUGCUUCUGUCCUUUUUAUAUUGUAGUGUGUAACAUAUAUUGUACUGACAAAAACAAGCAUUUUAAUAUAGUCAAACCUUGAACUUGUUAAUUACUGCUAUAAGAUGUUGCAAAAGUCUAAAUAUUUCUGAAAGAGCACUUAAUGACAAAAUAUUUAAAUAAAAGCGAAGUCUGCCACUGUUUGAUAUAUGUAACAAUUGUUUUACUUUGGCAUUUAACCUGCAGUUGAAUUUAUGAAAAAAUAGAGUUUAAAGACUUCAAAUACUUAUGUCAAUGUUAUAAUAAAUAUUAAUUUAUGCAGUA